AUGCAAAUGGAUAACCAGUUCCCUCCCAGGAAAGUUCCAAGUUUUUGUUCCUUCCGCUAUGGAUUAUCUCUCCUCUUGCAUUUCUGUAACGUUGUAAUAAUGGCACAGCGCAUGUGUCUGAGCCUCACAAUGGUAGCCAUGGUGAACAGCACAGAUGCUCUUGGUUCACCCAACACCUCCACAGAGGAGCACCUGGAUCACAUAAAGAACCCCGUGUAUAACUGGAGUCCUAAAAUCCAGGGUAUCAUCUUCAGUUCCGUCUUCUAUGGUGUACUCAUCACCCAAAUUCCUGUCGGAUACUUGUCUGAAAAAUACUCCAUCAAGAAAAUGAUUGGCUCUGCAUUAUUCCUCAGCUCUCUACUUAGCCUGUUAAUGCCAAUGGCAGCUGAAGGUGGAGAAGCUUUCCUCCUGGCAUGCCGAGUAGUCCAGGGAGCAGCCCAGGGAUCGGUAUUCAUAGCUCAGCACGUCAUGUGGGCCAAGUGGGCUCCUCCCUUGGAACGAGGCCGACUCACCUCCCUGAGUCUAUCAGGAAUUCUGCUGGGAUCCUUCAUUGUUCUGCUUGUGACUGGAUUCAUCUGCCAGUCCUUGGGCUGGCCCAUGGCCUUCUACAUUUUUGGUGCUUGUGGCUGUGCCCUAAGUCUUCUCUGGUUUCUUCUGUUCUAUGACGACCCAAAGGACCACCCAUGUAUAAGCAUCAGUGAGAAGGAAUACAUCUUGUCCUCCCUCAACCAGCAGGUCAGCUCAAGGACACAGUCUCUGCCAAUCAAAGCUAUGAUUAAGUCUCUUCCCGUCUGGGCCAUUGCUUUCGGUUCUUUUGCUUUUCACUGGACAAAUAACAUCAUGGUUUUGUACACUCCAACAUUUAUCAGCUCCAAGCUUCAUGUGAAUAUAAAAGAGAAUGGGCUGCUGUCAGCCCUCCCCUAUUUGUUUGCCUGGAGCUUUGGUAUCCUAGCAGGUCACCUGUCAGACUUCUUCCUGUCCAGGAAUAUUCUCCGCUUAGUUACCAUCCGGAACCUCUUCAACACACUGGGACUUCUCCUGCCUGCCUUCUUUAGCGUGUGCCUGCUCUACCUGAGUUUCAGCUUCUCUAGCACUACCAUCUUCCUGAUACUUGCCAGUUCAACAGGAACCUUUUGUAUGGCUGGAGUACUCAUAAAUGGCUUGGAUAUUGCUCCCAGUUAUUACGGAUUUCUUAAAGGAGUUACAGCUGUAAUUGGGAUGAUAGGAGGACUCAUUUCUUCUACUCUGUGUGGAGUAAUCCUUCAUCAGGAUCCAGAAUCCGCCUGGUUUAAAAUUUUCUUCCUGAUGGCAGUCAUUAAUGUGAUAUGCCUACUUUUCUGUCUCGUCUUUGGAAAAGCAGAAAUUCAGGACUGGGCUAAAGAUAUACAAGAACACACACGCCUCUGA